CGCCUCUCGGGUUCUUUUGGGUCCAAUUUUGACAUUCAAUUCGCCGCUUCGACUCUUUUCUUGAAUCCAUAACCUGAAAUUGGGGUUUUACAAUUCUGUUUCUGAAUUGAAAACAAAAUGGGAAUUGUAUCAGAAAUGAGAGAUUAUUGGGCUGACAACAAAAUUAUUGAUAAUAACAAAAAUAAAUCUCCUUCGUUUGUGAUUGCUUCUCCAGCUGAAGAUCAGAGGAUUUUGGAAGCUAGACGAUGUACUCAAGAAGGAGUUAAAGCUGGAGCUAAAGCAGCUGCUGUUACUGCCGUUGUUAGUGCUGUCCCAACUUUGGCUGCCGUUCGUAUGAUUCCAUGGGCAAAAGCAAAUCUUAAUUACACUGCUCAAGCGCUUAUCAUCUCUUCUGCAUCCAUUGCUGCUUACUUUAUCACUGCUGAUAAAACUAUCUUGGAGUGUGCACGAAGAAACGCAGAUUACCACAGAAGAACUUGAGAUACUGAUGAAUUUUAUACAUUGCAAUGAUGUGUGUGAUAAUUGGAUUUUGAUGUGGUGCUGUAAGUGUUGUAUUUCUGCAAGGAGGCUAGUGUAACUGUAGGCUAAUAAGUCACCUCUUGCCCUCUUACGAAGCUGAGGUUUAUAUUUUAGAGCCGCCUGUAAUGUUUAAUCGGGGCCAUUUCAAUGUAUUUUUGUGAGAAAUAAGAUGUAUCAUCCAUAAUUUUUUAAAUUAUUUUUGGAAAUGGAAAAGUAUGCAAUUUGAAGAAA